CUGGGUAUUUGAAGUCCUUAUUUGAUGUUAUGAAUGAGAGCUCAGAGGAAUGAUCUAGUGUUGCUGGAGGUUGGAUAUGUAAAGUGAUAGGCACAGGUGAUGCUGCUCUCGUUGAUACACAGGUAUUUUAUAUACAGAUAUAUGUCAUGUUAUUCCCAGGAGGAUUCUAGGUGUCAGUUUACUAAAGGGGAAGAUUGUAUUUGCAGAAAGCGUCUUCCUCCGUUCAUUGGUGAAAGACAAGUGAGCAGUGUUUAUUAGUACGAGGCUUUUUCACUUCCUACUAUGGGAGGUUCCCCUGAUUCAAAUGAAGAAUGGCAGCAGGUUAAAGUCCUGCCUUGCUCAGAGGAGGAGAAUAGUUUGACAGCUGCUGCCAUAAGAGAUCUGUGCCUUUUACUUCCCACUUUGCCUCUUUGUUACAAGGAGAUUACAAGUCUGGGCUGCUCCUCACAACACACCAGUGACUGAAGCAGAAAAGUUGGGAGCUCACAAGACAAAGAAGCGACUACUGCAGGUUCCUCUCCAGGUGUCGGAGGGAUCAGAGCAGGUGGGACUCCUCCAUGUACCAAUGGCUUUUAUCCACAUCCGUUCUGCCCACUGCAAGGAGCUGCUACUCUUCUCACAGCUAUUACUGAUAUGGCAUGGAGGAACAGCAGUGAUGGCUCAGUCAGGACCCUCACCAGUAAAAAGUGUGUCCAUUACAAACCGAAACACAACCUCUGUGACUUUAUCAUGGGACCCUCCUAAUGAAACAAACAGCAGCACUUACAUUUAUAUGAUCAACGUGUUUAAUGGCAGCACACCAUGGAGCGUGAAUAGUAGCGUCAAUGCAACGAGUAUAGUAGUGACAGAUCUGAUCCCUGGAGUAACCUACUCAUUCUCUGUAUAUACUGUGACGUCUAAUGGUAUACCAAGCUCUGAGAAAAGAACCAUUCAAGGCACAACAAGUCCCUCACCAGUACAUAAUGUGUCCAUAACAAAGCAAACAACAACCGCUGUGACUUUAUCAUGGGACCCUCCUACUGAUACAAACAGCAGCACUUACACUUAUAAGAUCAACGUGUUUAAUGACAGCGAUAUGUGGAAUGUGAGUAGAAGCACCGAUGCAACGAGUAUAGAAGAGACAGAUCUGCUCCCUGGAGUAACCUACUCAUUCUCUGUAUAUACUGUGACGUGGGAUUGGAUAGAAAGCGCUGAGGUUGGACCCAUUCAGGCCACCACAAGACCCUCACCAGUACAAAGUGUGUCCAUUACAAACCGAAACACAACCUCUGUGACUUUAUCAUGGGACCCUCCUACUGAUACAAACAGCAGCACUUACACUUAUAUGAUCACGUUGUUUAAUGGCAGCACACCAUGGAGCGUGAAUAGUAGCGCUAAUGCAACAAGUAUAGUCGUGACAGAUCUGAACCCUGGAGUAACCUACUUAUUCUCUGUAUAUACUGUGGCGUCUAAUGAAACACAAAGCUCUGAGAACAGAAACAUUCAAGGCACAACAAGUCCCUCACCAGUACAUAAUGUGUCCAUAACAAACCAAACAACAACCUCUGUGACUUUAUCAUGGGACCCUCCUACUGAUACAAACAGCAGCACUUACACCUAUAAGAUCAACGUGUUUAAUGACAGCACUAUGUGGAAUGUGAGUAGAAGCACCGAUGCAACGAGUAUAGAAGAGACAGAUCUGCUCCCUGGAGUAACCUACUCAUUCUCUGUAUAUACUGUGACGUGGGAUUGGAUAGAAAGCUCUGAGGUUGGACCCAUUCAGGCCACCACAACCCCUAAUGCACCAACCAAUGUCAGUGGAAAUCCGCUUAACACCACAGCACUUUCCAUCAACUGGACUCCACCCAAUGAUAUCAAUGAGAAAAAUUAUACUUACACUGUACAUUGGAACGGAAACCCUGGAGCACUAAACCAAAGCAGCACAAUAAACACCACAUUGGUGAUCAGCAAUCUGACUGCAGGAAACCUGUACAAUGUGUCCGUCAUCUCUGUCAUCAAUAACGUGACUAGUGUGGAAGCUGUGACAAAUCUACUAACUAACCCAGGGAUUCCUGGGGGUUUUAGUAUCACUAACAUCACUAACACGGCUGUUUACGUCUCCUGGACAAACCCCUCAGAUGGCAGUUUCACUGGAAUUGAAAUAAAAGCAGAGAGUGGAACAGGCAGUUUAAACAAAGACUUUUCAAGCCCAAGUUCUGAAGGGAAUCUGGAUGGUCUUAUUCCUGGCACAUCCUACAACCUUACCCUGCGAAGCUUUAGUUCUUACCCAGCAACAUCAAGAAGAAAUCGCAGAGCAGCGGCUGUUCCUAUAAAAACAUACAGUGACCCAAUCACCAGGAACGAACAGACGUAUCCAAAUGCUGUCCCAGAGAUCACAUGUUUCAAAGUUGGUGGAGGGUAUCAACUAAGGGUACUUUUUCCUUGCCCCACUGGUUCGUUUGACCAAUUCAAAAUCCUAGCGGAUGGCGCUGACAAAGAAACAGUUCCAAAACAAGAUUGUAGAAAAGAUGUGACAAUACAAAAUUUGCAGCCUGCAAGGAAAUACAAAAUCGCAGUAGUGACUGUAGCAAAUAACAAACAGGCCUCAUUAAUCAUAUCCUGUGAUACAGAUAAUGUGGGAGUUAUUGUUGGGAGCAUAUUUGGCGUUCUCUUGUUCAUGCUUCUUGUGGGGCUGCUUGCUUACUUUGUCCUGAGGAAAAGGAGAGGUUUAAAAAACCCAUUUGGCAAAGAUUCCAGCAAUUUGGAAAAAAUAAAGACAAAAAGAGUCCCAUCGGUGAUUAAAACAGAGUUUUCCGAUUAUUACCAGAGACAGCAGGCAGAUAGUGACUUUGGAUUUGCAGAAGAGUAUCAGCAACUCAGCACUGUAGGUACAGACCAGUCUAAACGGGCAGCAGAACUCCCAGAAAACAGAAACAAGAAUCGAUUCACCAAUGUCUUGCCUUAUGACCAUUCCAGAGUCAAACUCAACCAAAUUGAUGGGAAUGACACUACUGAUUAUAUCAAUGCUAACUAUAUGCCUGGCUUCAAUUCUUCUAAGGAAUUCAUAGCUUCCCAAGGUCCAAUGCCCAACACAAGUGCAGACUUCUGGAGGAUGGUUUGGGAGAAUCAAGUCAGUACCAUUGUAAUGCUGACCAACUGCAUGGAGAAUGGCAGGGUGAAAUGUGAACACUAUUGGCCCUUGGAUUAUACCCCAUGCACAUAUGGAGACAUCACAGUGACCGUAACCUCAGAAACCAUCCUUCCUGAUUGGACAAUACGGGAUUUUUCCAUUAAACAUGCCAAGCAACAAGGCAAUAAGUCUGCUCGUCAUUUUCACUUUACGGUCUGGCCUGACCAUGGUGUUCCAGAAAACACAACAGAUAUUGUCGAGUUUCGGAACCUUGUUCGAGAAUACAUGGACCAGAAAAGGAAUAGUGGACCCACGGUGGUUCAUUGCAGUGCUGGUGUUGGGAGGACUGGGACACUGAUUGCCCUGGAUUACCUGAUCCAGAAGAUGGAGAAGGAGCAGCGUAUUGGAAUAUAUGGCUUUGUUCACAAGAUGAGACUUAACCGUCCUUUAAUGGUGCAGACAGAGAGUCAGUACGUAUUCCUGAAUAAGUGUAUGCUGGAUCUGAUUCAAAAUCCUUCGGAAGAAAAUAUCUAUGAAAAUCAGAUUAGUGGAGAUCUUAUCUAUGAAAAUGCCAGCGUUUUGGGGGAUUACCAAAAGACAAUCUCUAAAUGACCACAAGAAGCAACGAACCACUGGAGAUAAAGAGAGACUUUACUAAAUGCUAAUUAGGUGCCUUUGGCCAGGCAGCUAUUCCUGUGCCUUAACUGGGUUUCAUGCCUUAUGAAUAACCAUCCUGUUCUAGGGAAGAUGCUGGCAUCUGAUGAUUGGCUUUCCUUUUGGUUAUUCAAUAAUCUCGGCAGUCACCAAACUGACUUCUCCUAAACCAAAUCGUUUGGUGCUUCCAAACCACAAAUUCUCCAUUCAGAGGUUCUGACCAAUCAAUAAAAGAAUCACACUGAGCAGUUAUGCUCAUCCAGGGCAUUCAUUGUACAUAAGAAAAAAGUACAAAAUAACUCGCUUUAACAGUCAUAGAAAAAUAAGAUAUAUGAUGCAGAGUUAAAUAGGGCUUUUAACGUUAAAGGCACAUUGUAAAGCGUCAACAAUCCCAUUCCAUGAUGCCACGUGGCAGUUGGGAUUUGUACCCAUGAUGACAGUUUUGCAGAUUGGGGAUUGGUUAGUACUGGGAAUUAUUAGCCCAGACAGGGUACCGAUCCAUUGCUGUGCAAUACUACCUGCUGCUGUGUAGAACAAACAGUCUCUAUUGUGCUUGAGUUUUUUUUUUAUAGUUUUAUAUAUAUAUAAACUUCUGUGCAUAUUCUUCUCCAGAUGCACUUUCUACGAUGCCUGCUGCCUUAAUUGAUUUGCCGGCAAUUAAAAAAAAUUCCUCCAUUGAACAUAAAUGUUUAGAAUAGAUCAGCAGUAUUGAGAUUUGGGAGCUGCAGUUUAGUAAUGGCUGGGGCCCCUCAAUGGUCCUCAAAAGUUGUAUUGGAAUAUAAAAGCAAGAUUUAGGAGUGAAAGAUGAAGGUGUGUGUUGAUAUUAUAUGCCGAAACUAAACACACCUUAAGUGCCAAGUAUUUUAUGCAAUAUAAAUAUAAGGCCCCCUCUAGGUGCCAUAUCUUGAUGAUAGUUCUCUUGGUUAUCAGUGAGCUUAAACAGCCCUCCAGUAUUGCUGACUAUGUCAAACACGUUUCUGUAUGUAAAGGUUUUAUUAGGAUAUAUAUAUAUAUAUAUAUAUAUAUAUAUAUAUAUAUUUAAUCUUAAAGAGGAAAUCUAUUUUAAAUAUUAUUUUUAAAAAAUAUUUUUUAAUAUGUUUGUCAUUUAAAUUUUCAUACCGCUAUGGAUAAAAUAAUUUUUUGGAAAAAAAUGUCUACCCCAGUCCUUGUAUGAUGCCAUCUUAGAUUUCUAGGCCAGGCCACUGCUUUGAGCGACAAAGUUAGGCAAGCAGAACCAUAGCUCACAUAUACAUGGAGCCUCUUCUAGAUGAUGUUCUAUAUGGGGAGAAAAAAGACUGUCCCCUUAAUUGGACCCAGAAACAGGACCAAGCAUACAGUAACUCUCAGAACCUAGUCCUGGGAAUGUGUUCAGAAUCACAUAUGUGAUUCCGUUUAAUUACUAUUGGUUAAUUACUAUUGGUUACAGAACAUACUGCACUGGAUUAAAGGGGGUCAUGGAGACCAGAGUCCUGCAGCGGGUCGGGUACCCGCAAAAACCUGCCGUACCCAGCGGGUUGCAGGUAGAAGUUUCGGGAGCGGGUAUAGACACGGGUCGGAGGUUCUUGGGGUUUGCGGGUCUUCCAAUGACGUCACUUCCGGUUUACCUUUGAUAAAUGUCCCUAACUCUUUACUUACCCCUCGGUGCAGAUUCAGGGCAUCAGAGUUCACGGGCGCCAUCUUCUUCUUCUCUUCGGUACUCUUCGGGAAUAGAGUGGCGUAACAGUGCAUGCGCAGUUGGAGCAAUAUUCUUUCGCCUCAAUGCACCGAAAGUAACGGAAAUUGCCGAAGCGGCGUAAGAAGACCCGAAGAUUACCGAAGAUGGCACCCGUGAACUCCGAUGCCCUGAAUCUGCACA